AUGAUAUUUUCAUGGGGGUUAAUCUCACUGCGGGACGGUGAUAGAUGGACAAACAUUCGACCACCGUCACAGUCAAAAUACGCAUAUGCUACUAUUCUCACUUCAGAGGGCGACAUCGAAUACCCCAACGUCCAGGAACCGUAUUUGCAUGCAGCGCGACUACUCACCUAUCAACUCCUCCACGACCCGCGGACCCGAGGGAAUAAUACCGACAUCCCACUUCUUGUACUAGUCACCGAAGAUGUACCCCAGAGGCACCGAGAUAUUCUAAAGAACGACGGAGCCACUGUGGUGCCGGUACACAAUGUCUCGCGCGAGUGGAUUCACCCAAAAUGGGAGCGCUGGAGCGGCGUGCUCGCCAAGUUGAAUCUGUGGAACCUGGUAGAGUACGACAAGAUCAUGUUUUUGGACGCCGACACGGUCAUUUUCCGUCCAAUUGAGCAUAUUUUCGAAAGUCCAACAACCGCACCUCAACAGACAUUGCCAUGGACGACAAUAAUAUCAAAUGGAACAGUCUAUAACAGUAGCAUAGAUGAUGCUGCUGCAGGCCCCCUUCCCGAGACCUAUAUGAUCGCUGGAAUCCACGACAUCUGGGUAGAAUGGGCCCUCCCUCCCGUCCCAGGAAAUGACUUUUACGCGCCCCAAAACUACAUGAACGCAGGGUUUUUCAUGUGCAGUCCCUCGAAAAAUCUCUCUGAAUACUACCUCUCCCUUCUUGAUAUCCCCAACCGCUUCGAUUCAAACUACCCGGAGCAGAAUCUACUUAACAAUGCGCAUCGGACAGACGGCCGGAUGCCCUGGCGUGAUUUGGGUCCUGGGUGGAAUCAGAAAGGUGCUGAUAAGGCUGCUUAUGAUGGCGGUCUGAGAUCGAUCCAUCAUAAAUGGUGGCGACAUUUGGAGGACGAAUUCCUAACUCAUUACAUUGCGAAUGCAAUGGGGGACAUGGACGAGUAUUUUUUUGAGAGAGAUCAGCACUUGUUGUUUCCAAAUUAUGCGUAACUCCUCGU